AUGAAACGAAAUUCUCAUGAAGAUGAAACAUCGUUCUCGGAACCAGAGAAAAAACACACCCGAACUGUGUCAUCAUCAAGUAGCACUUCAUCACUUCUCGAUGGAUUUGAAUUUUAUAUAGUCACACGAUUGAUCAAUGACACUUCCGAUGAGAGUGAUGAAAAAAAUUGGAAGAAAAUUCAAUGCACCGAACUACAAACACAAUCCACACCAUCAUUCAACAAAAUAAUUUGUCACAUGGAUGAUUUAGAUAAACCAAAUAUAAAUAGUAUUCGAGUUGGAUUUAUUGUUAAAAAUCGUUGUGGGGUGGAUUUGGGAUUGAAAUUUUCGCUGGAUGGUAAACAUUAUUCGUUCAUGACAGUGACAGUGAUGAAAAACGAAGAAAGGAUCAUCAAGAGAUUAAUUGAUAAACAAUCGAAAGAAUCGACAUGUAUCCUUGUGAAAAAGAAUGAUAUUGCUGAAGAUGAAGAUGAUAUUGUCACUAAAGAGGUACUCGAUCGUUUAGGAACAAUCUCUGUCUCAAUAUUUAGAGUCGAAGUGAGAAAAACGACCUAUGAAACAACUACCACAGCUAACUCAAUAACAAACACUCAAGUUAAAAUUAAGGAGUCCAUGACCAAAACUAAAGACCUAUCGAUAGGUUUGGGAAAGGGUCAAUCAAAACCAUUCGAGAAAACUCAAUUUGUGUAUCAUGAAACUCUCAAAACUAUAGAAUUUGUGUACCAUACAAAAUUGGGCUAUCUAUUCGAAUUGAGCAAGGCUGGAGCGUCUAUCCAACAGAACGAGCCAACUAAAGAGCAAAGCAAUCAUCACACCUCUCAUGAAAGCAAUUUGCCAAAAGUCAAAUCGGAAAAGUAG